AUGGGUUCGCUCAGUAGCUUCCUUUUUGUUUACGCCCUUGGUGGAAUCACCUUCAUACCGCUCGUCCUUUCGCUAGUCCUUCUCUACGCCUACCUCACACUUCCAUCUGCCUCGCACCCACAUCCAUCAUGCGAGAAAGCAACCGAUCCCAUCCGCUUGCCGACCGAUGACGACUUUGGUCCCAAGUCCGGCACCGACCAGCUAGCGGAGAAAUUCCACCGCACCCACGAGUCCGACGUCGCGGCUGGAUACUUCGCCGUCUGCCGAGAAUAUGUUCCCGGUGGCGUUAAUGGAAAGCCUCCCGAGAGAACUACCCCCGCGGGGGAGGUCGUUGCGGCCGAAAGCCCCAGCGUUUAUCAGACCAUGUACCGGAGCUUGUUCGAUCGAAAACAAGCGCCGAGUAUCGAGCCGAACAAGGCGAAUGGGAAAACCGUGAAGCGGGCGCGCAAUGUAUUCUAUAUUGUUCUUCGACACGGCCACUUGAUGCUCUAUGAUGAUGUCAAUCAGGUAGAAGUGCGAUACGUCAUUUCCCUCGCUCACCACGAUGUGACCAUAUAUGGUGGUGAGGGAGAUAUCCCUGAGGGUGAGCUGUGGCUCAAACGAAAUGCCAUCUGUCUCUCCCGGAGACUUCAAUCGCUUGGAGACUUGGGAGGACCGACUCCCCCGUUCUAUCUAUUCUCUGAGAAUUUGUCUGAGAAGGAAGACUUCUACAUUGCCAUGCUGCAGAAUCAGAAUCGGCUGUGGGACUCGGCUGAUCGGCCGCCCAAGCCUCAAGAAUUCGACACAAAACAUAUCGUCACCUUGGUGCAGCGCUUGCACUCUUCUGAAGAACAGCUCCAAACGCGCUGGAUCAACGCUUUCCUGGGAAGGUAUUUCCUCGCCUUGUACCGGUCUCCCGAGCUGGAGGCCUUUGUGCGGAGCAAGAUUGUCAAGAAGAUCUCCCGGGUGAACAAACCGAACUUUAUAAGUAAGCUUGGCUUGCAGAGGAUCGACAUGGGCGAAGGAGCUCCAUUCAUCACCAAUCCAAGGCUAAAGGACCUGACGGUGGAUGGAAACUGCUGCAUCGAGGUCGACCUUCAGUACACCGGGAAUUUCCGUGUCGAGAUAUCGGCAACCGUACGCAUCGAUCUGGGUCCUCGUUUCAAAGCUAGAGAGGUCGACAUAGUCCUUGCGGUUGUCUUGAAGAAACUUGAGGGACAUCUGUUGGUUCGAUUCAAGCCUCCGCCCAGCAAUCGCAUGUGGAUGUCCUUUGAAACCAUGCCCAAAAUAGAAAUGGACAUCCAACCUAUCGUCAGCUCAAAGCAAAUCACAUACAGCCUCAUUCUCCGAACCAUUGAGAGCAAGAUUCGCGAGAUGGUGGCCGAGAGCAUCGUUCUGCCCUUCUGGGAUGACGUUCCAUUCCACGAUACUUUGGGCCAGGCUUUCCGCGGUGGCAUUUGGCAGCAGGGUGCUCCCGAGCCAAACCCCGAGGUAGAGAUACCCGAUGAAUCCGGCGAAGCUCCUCAGACCCCGAAGAGUGUUGGCGGUGAUCCGAUCGAGGUUCUCAAAUCCAAGGAUGACCGCACCAUGAGCAUGCCUACGCUUUCAGAACCUGCGGCGGCCAAGCAGAGGCCACGCAAAGGCCUCAAGUCAAGUCAUUCCGAUCUGCAAACAUCACACACUUCGACUGCCACGUCUACUGGGAUAGACAAAUCGGAAAGCACGCCACUCCCGAGAGCUAUUCGCUCGCAAACUUUCUCCCAUGCCGCGGACCCUGUGAUGACACCCGACAACGCAAAGGUUGACAAGGUCGUUCCUGACCACAAAGAAGAGAAAAGCCAUGCGGCCAGCGCCAUGUUUGAGAUAUCGAGUCGGUCUCCGCCUGCAUCUCCAAACCGGACCCCAGGUACCUCGCCCCCCUCCGCUAGCAUCACGGUGCCGGAAAUUGCGGUCCACAGUCGUGAAUCUUCAGUUGUAGAUCCAAUCGAAGGCACUAGUCUCGGCAAAGAAACCAUCAUCCAGAGGCCGUCUUCUACUCGCAUGGAAAGUGGUUCUUUCUCCAGCUUGAGGAGUUCUCGCGGCAGCUCUACCACCUCCGUUGUCAGUGAUUCGAGUCGCCGACGCAGCACCAUUGAGACUAUCACCAAGUCGUUCACGACCACCACUUCCCCCGACGACAAGCACUCCGGUCCCAUAACCAUCGGGUCGGCUACCGCUGCCGCGAAGAAGUGGAGUAUGAGUGUAUUCGGCAAAGGCGAUCACACUCAACAUGAGCCAUCGCGAGAGGCUGGACCCCCAAAUCAGCCCAUUGGACGUGGACAUCCCCAUCCACCACCCGGCACGCCACUGCCUCGUCCUGAUAAGUAUGCUCUCAAGAGGAACUCAGGCACAACCAAACGCAAGCCCGUGGCGGCACAACCAAAUUCCACCGAGCGCCCCAGAACAGCGGACAAACAACAUAUCCCACCACCUCUUCCUCGUCGGAAACCAAUGGCACCUGAGAUACGUGCUGACGAAGGCAUGGACGAGCUGCUUGUGGUGGAAGCACUCCAAGAUUCCGAACCAAACAGUCCUGCUCCUGAUGAGUUGGAAUCAGACCAUCUGUCAAAGGGCUCGGACGUCACCAGCGAAUUCACGAAGGUGGAACAACCUGUGGCUGAUAAGAAAGAAUAUGAAGCUCUAGAUGGUGAAUCAUUGCGCUCUGUUGAUCAGAUGCCAGAUUCGGCCCUGGGCAGUCCAUCCACCAGCAGAGCGCAGGUACCUUUGUAG